AUGGCCCCUGCUGUGAUGGUGGCCUCCGCCACCGCGCCGUCUGCACCGCGCGUUCGGGUGCAGGUCCGCGCCUGGUCGUCGGCCUCCAUGGAAGCCCUCCCCGACACCGGCGCGGACGUGACGGUGGCCGGCACGAACUUUCCGGCGAUGGUGGGUGAAUUCCUCGAGAAUUUGGGACCCGCCACCGCGCAGCCCCGGCUGGCAAACGGCCGCCAGUCAAAGUGUCUCGGAACUUUGAAGGUUGCGAUCAAGUUCGGCACCGUGGAAGUGAACGACGAGAUGCUGAUCGUCCAGGGGUGCCGCGGGCUUCUCCUCUCCUGGCGCACCACCAGGGCGCUGAGGAUCGUGCCCGAGCUCUACCCGCGGCAGCUGCCGGUGGAGGCUCCGGCCGUGCGCCGCACCGGCGCCUGUCCACCGCCCGGCCCGGGGACCUCACCGCCAGCCGCGCCGCCGACAGCGGCGCCCGACCAGAGAGAACCGGCGCCGCCGGCACCAGUGUGCGGCCAGUGCGCGGUCAGUGCGCAGCCAGUGCCUGCCGGCGCCCCUACGCACGGGCCGGCCGUGCACAGUCAGCCGUCGGCGCUCAGCACGGCCCGCACGGAGAGCGGUGAGCCGCUACUGGAAGAGUUCGCUGACGUGCUGGACGGAGUCGUCCGAGUCAUGCCCGGAGAGACGUUUAAAAUCCACCUCCGAGACGGCGCCACCCCUUUCGCAGUGAGGGCGCCGCGGCGCAUUCCGCUGUCAAUGCGCGAACCGCUCCGUCAAGAGCUCAGCCGACUCGAGCAGGACGGAAUCAUCGCACCGGUGACGACCCCGACCGACUGGUGCGCUCCCAUCGUCGUCGCACCGAAGAAAGACGGCGGCAUUCGCCUGUGUGUGGACCUCUCCAAGCUCAACCAGUCCGUGAGACGGGAGCUCUACCAGUCCAGCACGUCCGCUGAGUGUGCCGCGUCGAUCGUGGCGACGGAGGCCAAGUGGUUCAGCGUGUUCGACGCCGCCAAGGGCUACCACCAGUGCCCUCUGGACGAGUCGUCGCGCCACCUCACCACCUUCAUCACGCCCUUCGGCAGGUAUCAGUACCUGCGCGCGCCGUAUGGAAUAUCAUCCAUCAGCGAGCACUAUGACAGACGGAUGGACGAGUGUUUCCUCGGCAUGGACGGCAUCCAACGAGUGGUUGAUGACGUCAUCGUCUACAGCAAGACGAAAGAAGAGCACACCGCUCGAGUCCGGCAGUUCCUGACCCGCUGUCGAGAGCGCGGUGUGGCUCUGAACCCAGCAAAAACUCAGCACCAGUGGCAGAGUGUGAAGUUUGCUGGCUUCAUCGUGGCCGCCGACGGAUACACGCCCGAUCCGGCCCUCACAAAAGCGAUAGCGGAGUUCCCUGCCCCUGCGUCGCUGACAGAGCUGCGCAGCUUCUUCGGUCUCGCUAACCAAGUGGCUUCGUUCUCUGAAGACACGGCGGCGCACCUGGAACCGCUGCGCUCCCUGCUGAGUACGAAACGAAGUUUCGUCUGGGACAGCGGCCACCAGACGUCAUUCGAGAGAGCGCGGGCCGCGCUGGCGUCCGUCCGCACGCUGGCCUUCUUCGACCAGUCGCGCCCCACUCUGCUGUCGACCGACGCGAGCCGGCUGAAGGGGCUCGGCUUUCUGCUCCAGCAGCGCCAGCCGGACGGCACCUGGCGUGUCGUACAAGCCGGCUCUCGGUUCCUGACAGGCGCUGAGAGCCGCUACGCGACCAUCGAACUGGAGCUGCUCGCGGUCGCGUGGGCGUGCCACAAAUGCCGCCUCUUCCUCAGUGGCCUGCCAGAGUUCGAGAUCGUGACCGACCACCGCCCUCUGGUGCCCAUUCUGAACGCUAAAAACAUGGACGAGAUCGACAACCUGCGUCUCCAGCGCCUGCGUCAGAAACUGUCAAUGAUUACCUUCACGGCCACAUGGCAGCGUGGUGCGGACCACCAGGCAGCUGAUGCCCUCUCCAGAGCUCCAGUCGACUCGCCUACCGCAGAUGACGAGCUGGCCGAGGACGAGUCGGCCAUCUCUGUCUCUGCCAUCGCUCUCUGUGAGGCCGCCGAGCUCUGCACCGACCUCCGACUGGACGAGCUCCGCCGGGCGGCCGACCGAGACGAGGAGGCGCAGCUGCUCCUACAGACAGUAACGGACGGUUUUCCGUCACAGAAGACCGAUCUGCCGCCGCUCCUGCGACCCUACUGGCCCGUCCACAGCCGACUUGCUGUUGAUGACGGGCUGGUCGUGUGCGGCUGCCGGCUGGUUAUUCCCCGGCCGAUGCGAGCCGCAGUGCUGGCCGAGCUGCACGCCAGCCACCAGGGAAAAGAAAAAACAAAGAGCCGCGCCCGUCAGAUCGUAUUCUGGCCGGGCCUCAACAACGACAUUGACAAUGUCACGAGGAGCUGCCAGGCGUGCCAGCGCGAGCUGCCCUCCCAGCCGCAGGAGACAUACAGACCGCGCGAGGCACCGAGCCGGCCGUUCCAGCACCUCUGCACGGACUUUUUCGAGCACGCCGGCCGCCACUACCUGCUCGCCGUCGACCCGCUGUCGGGGUCGCAGUUCGUGCGCCCCCUCGGCUCGACCGCCACAGCUGCCCAGCUGAUUCGCGAGAUGCGGGGCAUAUUCUGCAUCUGCGGCGUGCCCGAGGUGCUGUGGUCGGACGGCGGGCCGCAGUACACCUCGCGCGCCUUCGCUACAUUUCUACGAGAGUGGGGAGUGCAGCACCGCACCUCGUCGCCGCACUACCCGCAGUCGCACGGGCGCGCGGAGGCCGGUGUGAAGUAUGCGGCCAAACUGAUUCGCCGCGUCUGGAACCAGCGGACCGCCUCAGUGGACCAAGACGCCUGGGUGCGCGGUACCCUCCAGUACCGAAACACACCGGGACCGGAAGGCCGGUCACCGGCCCAGAUCGUGUUCGGUCACCCGGUGCGCGACAUGAUUCCGGCCCAUCGGCGCUCGUUCGCGCCCUGUUGGCAGCGCGCCGCCGACGAGGCCGACGCCGUCGCCGCCGAACUACAAGAAGACGCACGGGAGCGCUACGACCGGCGCGCCACCGACCUGCGCGACCUGCGAGUCGGCAGCCAGGUGGCCGUCCAGGACCCGGCCAGCAAACGAUGGGACCGGCACGGCGUCAUCGCAGCAGUGGGCCCGCACCGCCGCUACUACGUGCGCCUGCCGAGCGGCCGCGUGCUCACGCGAAACCGAGACGAUGUUCAGCCACCGUGA